GGGAGAGGGGCAGAGAGAGAGGGUGAGUUUCUAUCGUACGGGGACGCAGGAGCCACAGAUCCUGUCUGUCCUUGCGUUGCACCUCUAGGAACAAAAAAGAACCAGAAGUGUGGAAAAGGGGGGAAAAGAACAUGAAAGAAAGAAAUCGUCAUUAAACGCACUACGAAGUUUUCUCUUUCCAUCUCUUCCUCCAUCUCGUACCUCUUUCAAUUUAAUCUUAAAUCCACUCCAAUUUCCCCCAAGGGACUCAAUUCUCUCUUUUCAUUGAGAGACAGAAGGAGAGGGGUCCAUUCCUCCUGGUCGACUGGCACCAGGUGCUUCCUCUUUCUCUCUGCUCCACUCCCUCGCUCCCCCCGCACCCUCUCCUCCACCAUGACACUGCUGGCCUCAGAGAGGUCACUCCUCAUCCGGAACAAGUUCCGCUCAGUGCUGCAGCUGAGGAUCCAGAACCGAAGGCAGAGUGAAAUCAAUGCGGACUCUGGGUUGAAACCUACUGGUCCCCAACAAAAAGCAGAGAAAGACCAGAGUGAAUCUCGACGUCUAACUGAUGAUGGUGCCACUCAGAAGUUGCCCCCUAGUGGUCAGCAUGGUGAAACUGCUGCACAAGAGAGGACUGUGUGCGGUGCCCAGAGGCAGAAGAAAGCUCGCCAGGUGCAGGACCUCACCGAGAGGAUCCAGUGUGUACCUGGAGUGGAGCAGCAGCAUGAACACACACUGCCCCUGGAGAACUGUCCCGCUUCUUUCCCUCUGCCCGCUGAUGUCUUCGAAGAUGACAUCUCCUCCUGCGCUUCCUCCUCCCCCACUGAGCAACAAAAUGUCCACCAAUCACCAGCCUUCUCGGCUUUGCAGGGGCUGUCAGGUGACCAACUGCUGAGCGACUUCUCAGUUGUGGGCCAGCCCCUGAACCACAGCCCCAGUCAUGCUCAGUCUGGUUUGUCGUUGCGUCCGGCAACCGAGGGCAUUAGACAACCUAUGAGUGUAACACUGGGUGAAUCAAACUCCAUGGCAACAACUGGGAGACCAAAUGGGAUGUUUCUGACCUCUCAGACCACGCCCCUGCUGCCAAAGACAGCUCAGCCUCCCAGCCCAACAUGCAGCUCCUCUUUGCCAUCCUCCCUCAACUUCAACCACCUCCCCCGCUCUCGGAAACCGAGGGACGUUAAACCCAAAAUGAGGAAACUCAAGUAUCACCAGUACAUUCCUCCGGACCAGAGAGGAGGGUCUGGGGCUGGAGGAGGAGGAGCCAAACAGAAAAGCCCUACCUGUACCCAGUCUUUAGACCCAGCCUAUUCCCAUCUGCUGAAGCAGCAGCAGGUCAUACUCCAGCUUCAAAUCCUCCAGAACCAGCAGCAGCAGCAGCAGCAGCAGCAGCAGCUACAACCGCAACAACAACAGAUCACAGUCGUGCCUAGCAGAGAUCACAGUGAUCUUGUGAAGGGCUCUGGAGCUAUGCCACUGAACCCCCAGCCCGUCCCUGCUGCAACAAACCACACUCCCGUGGACGCAAACCAGACGUCCAAACAUGAACCUCUGCCUGCAAAUCUCGUCGAUUUAACAGUGUCAGAGUUGCGUCAGCAGCUGCGUAAGCGAGGCCUCCAUGUGUCCGGUACCAAGCCCGCCCUGUUGCAGCGUCUCCUUCCCUUCCAGCUUACCCACACAUGUGUCACCCCUGCUCCCCUCUGCCAGAUGGGAGCCAGUCUUGAGCCCGUCACCCCCUGUCCCCCGCUGGCACCCAGCCAGAGCCCCGGCUCGAGCUCCACCUCUGGACCAGACUCGCCCAACAGUAGCCUGAAUCAACAGCUUUACAUCCAGGACAGAGGAAUUCCUAAUGGAAUUCUGAACACUGUGUCCAACAGGUUCACAAACACUGCACCAGCCACUUUGGCAGGUGAACAGUGCAGCCUCACUAAUGCAGUCUUUCUGGCUCCAGCCAGCACCGCCUCAGGAACUCCCAGUCCCAGUCUACCCAUGUCGUCCUCUUCGCCCCUUCAGUGUGGAACUCCCUGGAGAACUGAGAGCGAGCAGCAUCAGCAACAGCAGCAGCAGCAGGAGCUGAGCGUGGAGCUGGAGAUGAGGGAGAGGAUACGGAGCAGGCACAGGGACCGCUCCACUACUGCUGGAAAUGAGUCUUGUGAAGGAUCCCUUCAUCCUUUCCUGCAACAGGAUUCAGGAUGCUCUAGGGGGAAAACAGAACCAGAUGCCCAGAGAGAGGUGUUGUUUACACAGGUGUUUUGUUUUCAACCGUGUGAUGUGAUUGGCCAGGACUUUGAGCUGCCAGUGCAGAUUACAGCGAGUCCUGUGCAGACCUCACCCAUGGUUCGCAGUUUAGAGGAAGAACUACAGGAGGCCAUCCAGAAAGCACAGUUGGACCCUCGGCAGUCCAUAGACGACAUCCUGGAUGAGCCUAUUACUUGUAGGGGCUCUGUCAAUGACUCUGAUCUUAAAUCCCCUGCCCACUCAGCUCCUGGCCCUUCUCCUCCUCCUCCUCUCCUCCUCCUCCUCCUCCUCCUCCUCCUCCCAGCCCCCCAAGUCGAUCAGUCCCAGACCUCACAGCAACAAACAAGGGACGACAACUUUCUGCCUUCGCCACUUUGCUCCUCUCUUUUACUGGAGCUUCCUCCAUCUCCUGCUGGAAUAAACUCCAGCCAGGUUGUGCCAACUCCUCCCCCACCUCCCAUCUGCACCUCCCCUCUGCCGUCCACUGGGAAGUCACGGAAACGACGGGCUCCCACGCUGUUUGACGCCGCAGACUGGCUUGAGACGCUGACGUCUGGCCUCCGCCCUCUUACUCCACCGACAGCUCCCUUUGUGGAGUCGGACUUCAGUCUGGAUUCAGAUUUGAAUGUCAACCGAGUGUUGGAUCUGAUGAUAGAGCAGUGGUGAGGAUUUGUGUGCACAUAUCUGUUUGUAACUUUUUUUUUGUCGAUACAGUAGAUUUGUGUUGUGACAUAUUUUGUGAUGGUGAUGAAUGGGGCAAACUGUAUGUAUCCCGCUGAGGGCACAAGAUUGUGAACAGAGGCCUCCAUCCAUCCAUCAGUGAUCGCCUGUCAGAGUUCCUGGCUCCACGCAAUGUCGAGAGCUGGAUUCUCUGCAGGGAUCAGAUCAAACAUAGCUUUGAUGGGGCAACGAGAGCACAAACACAUGCGCCCGGUGCACACACAUGCACGCACAUGCACAGCGCUGUUUAAAAGCACUUGGGUUCAGCCAGAAAAGGCAAACAGGCCACACAUCUGUGGAUUAACACACUCCACAGCACAAGGUGUGCAGUGCCAAACAAAAGAAAAGCUGGUGGCAUAUUCAUUUAAACAUGCUUCCUGGCCACACUGGGAGAAUGUUGUUUCUGACUUAUCUCCAAAACCUGUUGUUGGAUUGGGUUGAUUAUGGUCCCUGGUGUUGACUCAGUCGUUGAGUCCCAGCCAUUCAUAAAGCCCAUUUAGAGUGUGUAGAAGCCAGGCAGAGCACACAGCUUGUGUGUGGCUCCAGACCUUAACCCCGGUGCCAGACACACAGUCGGCAUGCAGAGAGAGAAAGCUGGCAGAAACCACAAACAAGCAGUGUGUGUGCACACAUGUUUGAAUAAAUGUGCACUUUGUGAGUGUGAGUGUGAGUGUGUGUGUUUGUCAAGUAUGCAUGUGUUCAGUAUGUCUGACUAUGUGUGACUGUGCAAACAGGACUGGUUUGUUUGUGGGUGUUAACGCACAAAUGCUUCCAUGUAUAUUUAUCAGCAUUAAUGCCAAAAUGCACUUGUAGCUAUUUGUCCAGUCUCAUUUACAUGUGCCAAUGUGUGUGUGUGUGUGUGUGUGUGUGUGUGUGUGAUUGAUGAGUGAGAGGAUAUGUGGGAAAGACACGGGAAAAGGAUGAGGAGAAAACCUGUGUCCACAUUUCAGACCAGACAUUUCACUGUAGUCUCAUUGCCAUCGGGCAGUAACUCCAGUGUAGUUAUCCUGUGUAAUCAUCAGAAUAACCACAUUACCUUGCUCAAUUCACUGUUCUCUGGGAAAGCAAUCAGGCAGCCACACCGCCAGUAGUCCCAGUACAAAUGAACCAAUCAGAUGAGUGAAAAACAGGUGGUCGCUUUGCUCCCUGAUUUGCCCCCAACAGUGCCUGGCCUGCUACUCAGUGCUUCCCUGCCAGUAGCAAUGGCGGAUGUAUCAAAACUCAUAAACCUACCCCAAAGCCACACCUGUUCACUUAGUAUGAAUUAAUUCCACAAAUGUAUUAUUUGAAAUUGUAAAAUCUUUUGCUGUACACGUUCAGUGUACAAAACGACCAUUUCUUUGAAGAGAAGAAUGCACUGUAGGAUUAGCACGAAAUAGUAGAGUUGGUGAAUAAUGUAACAUGUCCCAUGACCAGGGAAGAGCUCAGCAGUUGACACAGCUUUUGCUGCUCAUUUUCUUAAUGUUGACGCUGAUCUUGCUUUUAUAUUCUACAUGAUUUAAUGGUCAUGCAGGAAUGGGUAUCAUUCUUUUUGUUUGCAUAGUACAUGUUCAGAGAAUUGUGUUCGUUCUCAGCCUCACUCGCCAUAAUGACAUGAAGAGUCCAGAGCUUAGCUGCCAUUAACCCCUGCUGCAUCAGAUAAAUGUAAUUCAGAUCAAAGAUCCAGCUUCAAAUCCUAAGGACAGUAUUCUCUGUCCUUAAUUGGCUGACUGACCCAUCAAUCAUGGAAGAGAACUCUGAUUGGCUCACCCACAUCUGUAACAGUUACACAGUUUAAUAAGUAGCUGGAUGUCCUCCUGUAAGGCCACUUUAAUGUUUUGUGAUUUGUGUAAAGGCCACAGAAAGGGGCAGAUCUGAGGUCAUGUCAUCUUUGUGUCGGCCUGUUUUUUUUUUUUGUGUGUGUGAUGGUAAAUCAGUGUCUUACUGAUCAGGACAGCUGCAGUGAAUAGUCAGAGAAAUCCCCACUGUGCAUCUGCAAAGCUUCAGCUUUAUGUUGGAGCAACUGUUGUACGGCAUUCACCAGACAGACUAUGAAAAGUGCAGUUAGAUGUGAAUGGGGUGCUAUGAUAAUCAUAGUGAUCAAUAAGCAUUGCCUGUACUGCAUAAAAAAAAGGAAAAAAGAAAAAGGAAUAAAAAAGAAAAUUGAUAGACAGGAGAGUAAGAUGCUACCUCCUGUGACUUCCAGUGCUUUAGGGCCUACGCCAGUAUUCUCCUUGUUUCUCAUUUAAUUUCCGAAAGUUGGUACAGAGUCUCCCGAAACACCCCUGAGACAGUUUCAACGGUUUAACAAACCAAGGUUUAAUACUUGUGCUCUUAACUGGGUUUGUAACUGGAUUUGGUCUACAGAUGGUCAACAGGAAAAACACGGGUGUUUCUGGUAACCGAGACUCUGUUAACCCUCUUCUGCUGCUAUAAAUGCCUUAUCAUUAAAAAUGUGCUUCUAUUUAUUAUGUAACUUAUUAAUGCAAAAUGUAUCACCCUCUGUCCAACAUGUAUUUAAAAGCAUUAAGAAAAUUAAAGUCUUAAUAGAUUUUC